AUGCUCUGGUCCAGACGCCUGAAAGACAUUCUCACUGCUGUUACGCCCAAUAAACAUCGAUUCGAGAGAAUGGCGCCGGAAGUUACUACUGAGGCGGCUCAGUCGAGCCAUGUCGAGGCCGGUGCUGCCAUGGCUCGUCGAGUGCUUCGCAAGAUCGACUACCGCCUGAUUCCGUUGUUAUUCAUCACUUAUAUGCUCAACUUUAUGGACAAGACUAUCCUGUCGAGUGCAUCAGUCUUUGGAUUGCGCGAAGAUACAAACCUGCAAGGCCAAGAUUACAGCUGGGUCUCAUCAGUCUUUUACUUUGGCUACCUAGGUUGGGAAUAUCCGACCACUAUCCUGAUUGCAAAGCUUCCAGCUGCGCGGUACAUGACCGCCAAUACGCUCUUCUGGGGUACUGUAGUGGCGCUUACCGCAGCCUGCACGAACUAUGGCGGUUUGCUCACAGUGCGAUUCCUAUUGGGUGUGGCCGAGGCAACAAUUACCCCAGCAUUCAUGUUCAUCACAUCGACGUGGUACACGCGUGACGAGAUUCCCACUCGCACAGGCAUCUGGUUCUCCGGCAACUCAGUUGGAGGCAUGAUUGCCUCGUUGCUUGCCUUUGGUAUUGGUCAUAUCGAGGAUAAGGUCGGUCCAUGGCGGUGGCUCUACAUCAUUCUUGGUGUAGUCACCUUCCUUUGGGCCUUCGUCUUAUUCGCUCUUCUACCUGAUACCAUUUCCAGCGCCAAGUUUCUCACGCCUGAGGAACGUCAAUUCGCAGCUGAUCGAGCCGUCAUUGCGGGCACUGGUAGAACCGAGAAGACUCACUGGAAAUGGGUGCAGAUGCGUGAGGCGCUGAUGGACCCCAAGACGUGGUUUAUCUUCGGGCUAGAGAUUCUCACACAAAUCCCCAACGGUGGCACCCAGAACUUCGCAAACCUCGUGAUCAAGAGUUUCGGCUUUACGAGCUUGCAAUCAACCCUCAUAAACAUCCCAUAUUCGCUCCUUACUGCGGGUAUAAUCAUGGGUACAGGGUAUCUCUCUGGCCGUUUCAGGUCACUGAAUUGCCUCCUCAUUAUCGGUGUGGUUCUGCCCUGUAUUACUGGAAGCGCACUCAUUUAUUCACGAGAGCAUACCAGCAAAGGUGUCCAGCUGUUCGGGUACUUCUUGCUCUCAUCUGGUCCAGCUGCGAUGCCAUUGGCCCUGUCCCUGGUGCAAGCCAACACUCGUGGUGUCACGAAGAAGAUGACGGUCUCCGCAUUAUUGUUCAUUGCCUACUGCACAGGCAACAUUGCUGGACCGCAAUUUUUCAAGGCUUCCGAGGCACCAACAUACAACACGGCCUUCCGCACUAUCAUGAUUUGUUAUGCUUUGGUUGUCCUCCUGGUGCUCUGCAUGCGGUUCUACUUGCAGUGGAUGAACAAGAGACUCGCACAACGUGAAGGGUUCGAGGGAAGCGCCGGAGCUGCUGGUGCUGUAGGAGGCGGCAAGCUUGUCGAGGUGGAUGGCACUGGCAAGACGAUCGCCCAGGCUGUGAACGAUGUCGAGCUGAGGUCCGAGGAUUACGAGGAUGUCACGGAUUGGAACACAGCCGGCUUCAGAUACCGUCUGUAA